AUGGCCACCCAUGACACAGCCACUAGUCUUACAAAAUUCGAUGACGAAGACCUUUUCAAUUUCUUGGUGAAAACUUAUCAGUCGCAGCCGAUUUUAGAAAAAACGGCCCUGGCAACUUCGAAGCCCGAUACAACUCGAGAGUAUUGGCUUGAACAAGUGGUGAAUCUAUUUGAAUUGGCUCGCAAAGCCCGCGACUCAGAAGCGGAAGAAUUAGUCAGAGAGAUGGAAGUAUUCUUGCUUUUAAGGUCGGAUACAACGGAAUUGGUGUUGCGUGCGUGGCUGCUCAAUAAGGAAUUACCGGGGCUUGUAUGGCACAUUUUAUUUCCCGUAGAUGUCCAUGAUCUAAAUCUCGUCUAUCUGUGGCUGCGAUAUGUCGAAUUGCUGCGUAAUCAUGAGCAUUCAUAUCCUUAUAGCUAUAAUGCCGUCUAUGCUUUUCUGGAGGGAAAGUUGUCAAAACAGCAAAUGGCGGCUGUGCUACCAGGUUACGAACUGAAAUGA